AUUCUCCCCAGGAUAGGAAGAGGCAGCUGUUGUCCUCCAGAUGUUUAAUACAGCGGCUCUGUACUCUUCGACCAUUGGACAUGGUGUCAACAUACUUAAUCUAAUCAACAAUAUUAACUGCAGAAGUGAUGGAUGACAGCAAGUCUGAAAAGAUGGUAGAUAUUAUUCGCCUUAACGUUGGAGGCUUUAUGUAUACUGCUAGGCGUGAAUCUUUAUGCCGUUUUAAGGAUUCAAUGUUAGCAGCUAUGUUCAGUGGACGGUUUCCUUUAAAAAUGGAUAAUUCAGGGGCAUGUCUUAUUGAUCGUGAUGGCAAUCUUUUUAAAUACCUCUUAAAUUAUCUUCAUGGAGAAGUUUGGAUUCCUGAAAAUGAGGAAACACGAGUUGCAUUACAAGAAGAAGCUGAUUAUUUUGGCAUUCCUUACCCUUACAGUCUCGUUGACCACCUAGCUAAUGAAAUGGAGACAUAUUGUUUAAGAACAAAUAUAGAACUUAAGAAGGCACUGAUAGGUUUUUGUGACUCUUAUGGCUUAGUAUGCACUAAACCUACAGUUUGGGUCUUGCAUUAUCUCAACACUUCUGGUGCAAGCUGUGAGAGUAGAAUAAUUGGAGUAUAUGCUACAAAAGCAGAUGGAACAACUGCAGUUGAGAAGGAACUAGGAGGACGAAUAAAUAGUAAAAAUAUUUACAAGAGAGAGGCUGGAAACAAUAUCCAGUACAUUUGGAGUUACUAUUCAGCAACAGAAUUGAAAAAGAUAAUGGAUGCAUUUGAGGCAUGGGAAGGAAGAGGUGCCAGCUAUUGGCGAGUACCACAGGAGCUGAUAGAGUGUUGGACUCUUGAGGAGCAUUCUUUGAAAGGAAGCCUUCAGAACAUGUCUCCAGUACGUGAACGACGAAUAGUUGAUCCUCCUGAUGAGGAAGGAAGUCAGCUGAACAGUAGAAUAGUUCGAAAGCCAGUGCAAUUCUCUGGUCCCUCUACAAGUACCCGUAUCAAAGUUAAGAACUCAGCUUCUUUAAAGAUGGCAGCAUCUUCACAUUCCCAAACGGUUCUUAAGUGGCCUAGCAGAGAUACUUCUUUAAUAAACAAAGAAAUUUCCAAAACACCUUGUACAAAGACCAUACCAUUGACUAAAAAUUCUCAGGCCAAUCUUAGGAAUGCUGACAAUGGGAUAGUUAGCCAAAUGACCACGAAGUCUCCCUUGUCCAGAAAAUCUGCAACCAGUCGGGUGAUAAAAUUGAAGCGGACUCCACUCUGUAAUGAAUUACUGACUCAGCAUUCUUCAUCAGUUGUGAAGAAAGUUAAACAACAAAUUCCAUCUGCUGCAAUUGCUGCUACUUCUGCAUCCCACCCAUUAAACUGCGAGCAUUCGGGGCUUUCCUUGAGGUGCACCAGUAUCAGAGAUGGUUUCCAGAAUAAUCAGCAGAGUGGUGAUGUAUGAGGCUGGUCUCUUGUAAGACUUACUGAUUGUUACCUUCUAACAACAAAACUUUUACCUUCUGAGAGGACAAAUCUGUCCCAGGAUGCAGAAAAAUAUUGGAAGUAUUUAAAAUCACCGUCUAAUAAUCAUUAAAUCACCAUCUAAUAAGAUGGUGGAUGGUAUAAGAAGUCUAUCAACGUUCAUUUUUUAAUGUGCAUUCUAAAUGAUUAUGUAAUAUAGAUUAAAUCUGGGAUGUUAGUCAUUUUAGAGUAUUAUUUAUGCUAGGUUGUGUGUGUUCCAUGGUUUUAACAUUUUGAAAACUUGUUCAAAUUGUUCUGGGCCUGUAGAGAACAGCAAAGUCUCCUCCCCCUGAACAGUAGGAUUCUUACUCUGUCAUUGUUCCGGCUGUUCUGCUUUUGUUAGGUAUGGCCCCAUAUUUCCAAAAUGUUAACCAUGUGUUGCAUUAAUUUCUUUGUAUUACAUUAACCAUAUAUUAAUGUGGUUUGAGGGAUACUUUCUUAUUACAAACAAAGCUGAGACAGCUGUGAAAACAUUUUUAUCUAAUGAUAAAACUGACUUUGGGGACUAUUUAUUCCUCCUUUUGCAAUGAUAGUAUUUCCAGCUUUCAGGAAAAGUGUCCAUGGUUUUCCAGGAAUGUUGCUUUCUCCAAAUGCUGCGGUUUCCCUGCAGCUUGCACUGUUCUUCCCAAGCAUUCCAUUUCCUUGUCUAUCCUUCUGGCCCAAGACAGAAAACUACUGGAUCAGCAGAUCAUCAGAAAGAUACGUUUUUCUCCAAUCCCUUAAGGUUUGAAAAUAGCUUCUGUUGAGGUUACUAGGACACUUCCAUACCACCACUAUUUCCAAUUACAUCAAAACCCUUUCAUCCCUAUCUAUCCAAACAGAACUAAAUGGUGUUCCCCCUCCCCAGUCAAUAUCCCGGUCAUAUGCCUCCCUUCCCCCCAGCAAUUCCUAGGAGGGGAGUUGAAGUAUCAAGCCAUUUUAACCCUUGAAAGGCUGAGCCCAGGAGCUGAAGAGCAUGGUGAAGCACACCUCUGCAAAUGGGGAACGGAUUGCCCACAAGUUCCCCGUAGCCAGAAGCAUUUGAGAAGCAACACUAGCUUCAGACAAGCUAGCGAAAUCCGCUCCGUUGUUUUCAAGCUGGCCAAAGCGCCAGAUCUCGUUGCCACUCAUUUCCACUUCCCAAGCCCUCUGUCUCCCUGCCGUGAACCCAUUAAACACAACAUCCAUGGAGAGGUUAGUGAAGACAGACGGUAGUUAAUGUUUGAGGCUGUUUUGUAACUAGUGCUCUGAUGAUAACAAUAGGAGUAAAUAAUACUUAUUUAAGAAGAAAA